CUUUCAUAACUAUAAAAAAAAUAAAAAUGAUGGAAAUUGCAACUACACCCAUAACACAAUUUGAUGAAGUGACGAAUACUUCUUUUUUGGGAAAAACAGAGAGCGGAACAUAUAUCUUUACAGGUGCAGCAAGCAUUAAAUGGGCAAUCGGCGAUGUUCCUAAUGGCGGUUAUGUGAUGUCUGUUAUUAUCGACAGUGUCAUCCAACUCUUUUCAGAAAGACACCAAACCGAUCCCGUAGCACUCAACUGUUUCUUUUUCAACAAGACAUUGCCCGGUCACCUUAUCAUCGAAAUUGAGGAACUCAAGAUGAGCAGAAAGGGUUAUUGUAUUGUCAGAGCCAGUCUGAAGCAAACAUCGGAUUUAAGCGCUUUAGACGACUUGACAUCCUAUGAUCCAUCUCAAUGGUCUGAUAAGGUCCAAGGUAUUUUCACGAUGGGCAAUAUGGACACCGAACAAGGAGUCACUCAUUUUUACAAGAACCCUUCACCACCUCGCUUGGAUCAUCUUCAACCUUACAAGUAUCGAUUUAUGGGUGACUUUGUCGAUGCUUUAUUUGAUAAGACAAUUAUCCCUAAAGCAGAAAAUGAUAGCCAUGAUCCUGAAUUAACACAAGUCAUGAAUUUUAAGGAUGGAAGACCCAUUGAUUUCAAAAGUAUACCUUAUUGGUGCGAUAUGUUGAUUACGCCUCCCUCUUUACUCGGUCAUGGUGUCUUGGGCGGUCCCGUUUGGUGUCCCACAAUGCAACUGGAAGUUCAGUUCAAGCGAAAGCCUUCCGGUCAGAAAAUUAUUGCUCAUUUCCUUACCAAGCACAUCAUCAAUAAUAGAUUUGAUAUCGAUGGUGAAAUUUGGAACGAACAAGGUGAAAUCAUUGCCAUCACUAGACACCAAAACUUAAUUGUGCCUUGGAGUCGUAACGUCAAGUCUAAAAUUUAGAAAUUAUACCGAAAUAAAUAAAUAAAAAAAAAAUACCUAUAGAGAAC